AUGAAGUUUACUGCAGCUGCCAUAGCUCUAGCAACAAACCUAGCCGUGGUGCAGGCUUGCAAGUGCUGGGGGGGUAGGGACAUAGACUACCAAAGUUCAAGAUUAUGCUGCAAGAUUCUUGGUGGGGAUUGGACUGGCUCUGAUUGUCAUGCUGGCAGCAUCCAGAACUCGAUGUUUGAGUUUGCGGCAUGCUGCGAUGCACAGGAUGAAUGCAGUGACUGCAAGUGGGGCUGUGCGUCAAGUGCUGUAGCUUCACCCUGGCCUGAAGUCCUCCACCAGCAGCAGGGAUGUCACUAA